AUGCGCAAAUUCACAAUCCGGGAUGUGGGGGACGAUAUAGGACGCCCUGAUCAUGACCCGGAUGGUUUGGUUCUGGAGGCAUGGGCUCAAGGGUUCAUGGUAGGAACCUUGGUCUUCAUGGCUGCCAUCACCAUCGCUAACAUGCGGCGGCGCGUCUUGCUUCACAAACUCAUUCUAGCAGAGUUGAUCCUCGGCAUCGGGCACGGUACAUUUAUCUUCGCGCAUGAACCUGUCUAUGGCUGGUAUCUCUCUUGCACCGCGAUCGGAUUGAAUAUGUCCUGGAGUCUUCAUAAUGUCAUUGCCUGGAUGAAAAACAGGCCGUUUAUGAGUCGGAGAGUGUCCAUGAUCUAUAUUGGAACGGUCAUCUUGGUCCAACCCUACUGGGUGCUCGAAAUAUACGCAAACUUCGCAUUCUUCAAUAAUAUCAAUGACUUGUUCUUAAAAACCCGCCCUUGGGAGCCUCUUUUCCGGGAUCCUUGGUGGAUAUACACUACGUGUAACCUGUUCUGGGUUAUCAAAUCCCAAUAUGAUUUUAAGAUCGUUGAGCUGUUACGGAAUGGCCCACGAUUCGGCGUGAUGCUAGUUGCCAUGUGCAUUUCUAUCGUUUUUAUCCUCCUCGACACGUUGAGUGUUCUGCGUGUUCUUAAAGGAGCAUUGCCUACCGGCAUCAAUCCAUUCUGGAAAUUAUCCUUUGUUUUUAAAUGUCUUUGCGAUGCUGUCGUGCUUGAUGACUUCAAAACGGCACUCGAUCGGCUUCGAGAUUACUGGCUGGAGAAGAACGGGGUAGACGUGGACGAGAACUCAGAUCGACAGCCAACCGGCACAAACCCGCCAGGCACCCCGGCGAGUAGAUCGAGGUUCUGGCGAAAUUCUGCAGGAAUCAUAGAACCACUCGAGUUGAAACGGCAGCAGAAGGCGGAGGAUAUGAACUGUGGAAGUUCAAGCUUCAGUAAUGAGAACCGCGUCAGCCCAUUCCGGCAUGUAUGA